GGCGCCGACGCACACACACACGUAUAAAGGCCGGCGUCGCGACGCUCUCGCCGUCAUUCCCGCGCGCAGACACCGAAGUCGCGGCACCCGGCGUCGGACGUUCUCGUCGUCCUCGUCGUCGUCGUCGGUGACUCACUGAGGAAGUUAACCGUCGCACAUCUUCGCAGGACGAAGAACCGUUCGAUCCGCGAAACGAGAGUUCCAUCCCCCCCUCCGGCAGGAAAGAUACGCGGGGCACUUUCUCCCUUUUGACGGUUCGUGUGCCACCUUCGGCCUCUCACCUGCAGGGCCGCGCAGGAUUCGCGCCGGCAGAAUCUGACAGCAACAGACUCAAACAGGCAUCAUGAAGUCAAGAACGGGUUUAAUCACUAUGCGAAUUAUUAUGCUCUACCUGUUGAGCGCCGUAGGACGAUCAACAGCGGCAAUAGAAGAGGCAUCUUCCGCGUCUUUACAUAUUCCACGAUUGCAUCCGUUAUUGAACAGCUUAGAAUUCGAGGAACCCGAGAAAAAGGCUUACAUUGCCGAAUACAAGAGACUACCCCUUUAUAACUUCGGCAUCGGAAAGCGAUGGAUUGACAAUAAUGAAGAUAAAAGAACCCGGCAAUUCUCGUUCGGUAUCGGCAAACGUCUCCGGGACUACAGGUUCGGUAUAGGUAAACGCAACAAUGGAUACCGUACCUUGAGUUUGGACUACUUCCCGACCGACAGCGUGGAGGGAUAUCAAUCUCGCGAGGACAACUUGUCGAACGACUUUAUGGAAGACAAACGUGGUAGCGGUCAACAUUUUGGUUUUGGAAUCGGGAAACGGCUCUGGAAGUUGGCGACCGGAGAAGCAGCUGUACCCGGAAGAAGACUGAACGAUGCCGCAGUCCCGAAAUAUUUGCUCGGUCUGGGCAAAGAACUGGAUGAGGACGAGGAUUUGAUUCAGUAGAGCGUUCUCGUCGAGGAGCACGAAUUAUUGUCUUUCUCAUUCGCUUUGACACUUGGACGAUUCCGGAAGAAAUAUCUGACUUAUUCAUUUUAGAAGACAUUCGGCAAAAUGCAAUAACAGUGGCAAAUACUUAAAGAGCUGCAUGUGUUUUUUUUCAACCUUGUUCUAUAAUCUAUUAAUUUAUUUCGAAGUGCGGACGCGUGUCAGAUUUUAACAAUAUAAAUUUGCGUAUGCAGUUAACGUGUCGACACUCUGUGUUGUACAAAUAUUAAUAAUUAAUUGACACACUUACUAAUUAAGAUUUACGGAUAAAAUAAUGAAUGAAAUAAUAAAUGUUUCUAUUUUUCUGAUAAAUAACCAACUCGAAGUUAUCGAGAUUAAAUUCAUUAAAAUCACAUAUAGUGCAACUUCCUUGAGUGUCUAUGUCAAUACCACGUUGUACGGUUUUAUUGCGUGUCGAGAGCAGAACGAAUUGUCCACGGAAGUUAAGAGCUAUAAUGAAAUGUUGAGAUUUCUUUUUGUCUGAAACUUACUAUAAUAUUCGUGCGCCAUCGACAGCUCCCUCUCCACUUGUAAAUGUUUACAAAACGACGCAGGUACCUUAACGGAAAGAUAUAUAUUUGACGUGGAAAAAUUCUCUAAAUACAUUUUCUUUUAGGUACAACUGUCCGAUUGUAUUAGUUUUCUCAUGCUUUCACAAUGCUCCUUAAUUAAUUGGAAUUUCUUUUGUGUUUGUAAGACGGAAACCGAACACAAACAGAGAAAAGAAGCAACUUCUUUUAUCUUAUGAUUUUACUCGCGUAACAUUUAUAUGUUUCAGUACUUAGCGCUUAUAUCGAUAUCGAGGUAAAAUUACUUUACCCUUAUAAGUUUUUAACAUCUCACAAUCAUAGAAUAUAGUAAUACCACCGAUGAAAGCGAUAGGGGAAUCAUUAAGUUAAUUGCAUUUUUGUAUUGCAAUGAAUUGUAUUGUAAUUGAGCAAGCAAUUAAACGCAAUUUACUGUACGAUAGAUAGGAACAAUAUCUCGAUGUGCUAAAAAGUUAUAACCACCUAUAACCGCGGCAGUACUGUACUUGUCUUUAUUGCCCGACGAUUAUAUUUCUAAUCGUUGUAGGAAGAAUGAAGCUAUAACGCAUAAUUGUACCAAUGUUCUCAAUGUCAAUAAAUCUUGUAAUCUUCUUUUCGUCAUAUAUAUUGUAUGUAUACGUGGCAUACGUGAAUUUUAAUUAACCAUUUCAUUUAAUUAUGCCGAUUUAAUGAAAAUUUUGUUAACAAAUAUAUGUUGUUGAUAUUUUCACGCGUGAUAUAGCAAUGUAGAUUUAUUCUAUUAAGCACACCAUUAUAAUAAUAAAUAAAUGAAUGCAAAUAUAAUUGA